UCAACGUGCGCGCUUCACAGACAAUACAGGCAGGGCCCAUUCUGUUGUAUCCGGCUGCAGUAAAAUGCAAUAAUCUAAGAAUUUGUCUACACGAUCAGAAUAUUGUGUCUUGUAUAUUAAAUAAUCGUAAUAUUUCUGAGACCAUGCAGUGUCCAGAUGACACUAGUCUAAAUACACCAGAAGAGAGAACCUGUCUUUCUUCUGCGCAAAGAAGAGCAGAAAUUCGGAGACGAAAAUUGCUCAUGAAUUCUGAAGACAGAAUGAACAGAAUUGUGGGUUUCACCAAAGCUGAAGCUGAAAACGACGGAUCAUCCAGAAGUGUUACGGCACCCGUGUUCCAUCUGGACUUGGACAGGAGCGACUCGUGGUCAACAUACCCCUCCCCCAGACUGUCUCCAUUCCUCCCAGAGGCAGUAGGCAGCAGCCACCCCCACAGUGAUCUCCCAGGGUAUCCCCUGCCAGACACCAGUGAGGUGCCGGGUGGCGGUGUGGACAAGGAUGUGACACCGGGCGUCCGUCAGAGGCCACGCGGAGAGGCCCAGCUGGCAGCUGAUGAGCCCAGCCACUCCGGAUCCCCACGCAGAGGGUUGCAGAAGUACCUGUCCCGCUUUGAUGAUGCCAUGAAGCUCAGAGGCCAACUGGCCAAUGAGAAACAAGCCCAGGAGGCAGCUAGCUCUGACCCAGAUGAGUUGGACUCCUUCAGGCUCUUCAGGCUUGUUGGCAGUGUCCUCCUUGCCAUCUUUGUCAGGGUUUUUGUCUGCAAGUAUCUGUCCAUAUUCGCACCAUUCCUCACCCUCGAACUGGCAUACAUGGGGUUGUACAAAUAUUUUCCAAAGGUUGAGAAGAAGAUGCAAACUACAGUGCUGACUGCCGCGCUCCUGUUGUCUGGUAUCCCUGCUGAGGUCAUCAACCGCUCCAUGGACACCUACAAGAAGAUGGGCGACGUCUUCGCUGACCUCUGUGUCUACUUCUUUACAUUCAUCCUCAGUCACGAGAUCCUGCUGUUGGUUGGUCCAGAGGAGGCUGAGACUCCCUGAUGGACAGGAAGUCCCUGUGCUAUGGCGGUGUCACAGAGGUGGACAUUAUGCUGACCCCUGAUACUGAUCCUUUACCCUACCUCCUCCUCUAUACCAUUUCCCUUCCUGAGUCAGUAGAUCCCAUAGGGGAGAGAGGGAGAGGUGCAAUGUCCGCAGGUAGAUAAGGGAAGAAGACAGAAAUAACAGGUUGAACAAGGUAACAUAACAUUCAUUUGGGUUCUGACCCUCUACGACAUCUUGUCGAUAGGAGCUGCUUUAAGUUCCCUUUUAUUUUGGUUUCUACUGUGUUUAUAUAAGGGGUCCAGUUACUUCGCAAUUUUUGUUUUGUUUCUGGUGAAUUGAUUUAUCUCAUUUGGAAGACAGGAGAUGCAUUUGUCAUUCAGGGUUUUCUGAAUAUUGCCUAUGAUUUUUUUCAUCCUUGUAUGCUUGAACUCUUAUUACAUUUACCUUUUAAUCUGGGCUAGGAAAAGGAUAGGGCUCCCGAGUGGCGCAGCAGUCUAAGGCACUGCAUCUCAGUGCUAGAGGCGUCACUACAAACCCUGGUUUGAUCCUGGGCUGUAUCGCAACCGGCCGUGAUUGUGAUUGGGAGUCUCAAAGGGCGGCGCACAAUUGGCCCAGCGUCGUCCGGGUUUAGCCGGGGUAGGUCGUCAUUGUGAAUAAGAAUUUGUUCUUCACUGACUUGCCUAGUUAAAUAAAGGUUACAAUUAAAAAUUAAAAGGAUGGCUUAGGAGUGUCUUUUUGGAAAGUGUGUGUCACUGCUAUUCAAUGUGGGAUCUUAUAAGCUUGUAUAUCUGUGCUGGAUAACUCUGAUUGUGGAAAUGUCAUGUAUUGCUAUCCCAGCCUCACUCAAACUUUCUGUGGCAUGUUACAUCAUCUGUUAAUCCGUCAUUGCACCCAAAUUAAUGUAUUCAGUUUGAGACAGGUUUUCUAUGUAACUUCAUUGGUGUGAAAUCUUGUUUGUCAGAUUUACUUGCUUGCUUUACAUAAUGUUUUGCAAUUAUUUAUAUUUUUUUGUGUAAAUGCUGUAUUCAUAAUUUAUUUCAUGUGAAAUAUUGAAAUCGAUAUCAACACAAAGAUAUGGAGAAGCUAAUGUUGCUUCUGGUAAUAACAUACUGGAAUUAAUAUGCUGUAUUAAACCAAUAAAAUCUUGGAGCAUUUCACAAUU